CACUGCUGCUUCCAACAACAAGCUGAAGCCAGCAACAUGGCCGACCUGGGGAAGAAGUACUGCACGAACUGCCUUGCAGAUGUUACGAUUCUGCGGAUUCGCUGUACCGAGUGCCAAGACAUCGAACUGUGCCCGGAGUGCUUCUCUGCGGGCGCCGAAAUUGGUAAUCAUCGGAGAUGGCACGGUUUUCAGCAAGUGGACGGUGGGUUCUUCACCCUCUGGGGUCCAGAAGCGGAGGGAGGAUGGACUAGUAGGGAAGAGCAGUCGCUGCUCGAUGCGAUCGAGCAGUAUGGAUUUGGAAACUGGGAGGACAUGGCUGGCCACGUCGGGCCAUCCCGUACCCCUCAGGAAGUCAUGGAGCAUUACGUCAGCAUGUAUAUCCACGGAAACCUGGGGAAGGCUUGCAUCCCUGACAGCAUCCCCAACCGUGUUACAGACCACACCUGCCCCAGCGGUGGUCCUCUCUCCCCCAGCCUGACUACCCCGCUGCCCCCGCUGGACGUGUCAGUCAUCGAACAGCAGCAGCUCGGUUACAUGCCUCUCCGUGACGACUACGAGAUAGAGUACGACCAGGAGGCGGAGAAACUGAUCAGCGGGCUGUCUGUCAAUUAUGACGAUGAGGACGUGGAGAUCGAGCUGAAGCGGGCUCACGUCGACAUGUACGUUCGGAAGCUGCGGGAGCGCCAACGCCGCAAAAACAUUGCCCGCGAUUACAACCUGGUGCCCGCCUUCCUGGGCAAAGACAAGAAGGACAAAGAGCGAGAAAGGCCUGGCGGUUCAGGAGGCACGGGUGCCGGAGGGGGUGGGGUCGGACUGGGUGGAGCUGGCACAACCGUCACCAUGGUAACAGGUGGCUCAUCGACCACGCCCUCUGCCCCCAAGCGUAAGAUCACCAAGGAAGAGAAGGAGCUUCGGACUAAGCUUCGGGCGCUGUGCCAGUUCAUGGUGCAUCGAGAAUUCGAGGAUUUUUUUGACAACAUCCACAAAGAACGGGUACUGCGUGCAAAGGUUCGCGAGCUCCAGCGUUAUCGACGCAACGGCAUCACACGUCUGGACGAGUCGGCAGAGUACGAAGCCGCGCGCCACAAGCGGGAGAAAAGGAAGGAGAACAAGAACGUGGGCAGUUCCAAGAGAACGAGUGGUGGAGGCGUCGGAGCUGGGCUCGGAGGUGGGGGUGCAGGAGGAGGGGGUGGGGCCGGCGCUGGAGGGGGCGGGGCCAUCAAAGAGGAGGGUAAAGACGGUGAGUUCUCCGCCAUCGAGAACCUUGCAGGUUUCGAGCUGUUGUCGGACCGGGAGAAGGUGCUGUGCAACUCCCUCAACCUCAGCCCCACUCGCUACCUUACAGUUAAAACCAUCAUCAUCAAAGACCACCUGCAAAAGAGACAGGGCAUUCCCGCCAAAAGCCGCCUGCCCAGCUACCUGGACAAGGUGCUGAAAAAGCGGAUCCUGAAUUUCCUGACCGAAAGCGGAUGGAUCUCGCGGGAUACAUCCUAA